UUACUAUGCUCUAAAGUGAUGGCACAUAGGCCUACACUCAAAUAGUCGUUACUCAGCUUAAACAUUUCCAGUAGUCAAGUGUGAUCAAGUGCAGGCAAACAUCACAAUGCGGUCCGUUUUAUUAAAUCGGAUCGUCGUUGUUUUUCUUCUCGCUGGAUUUUUAGCCAGCAAGGCGGAGGACCAAAACGAAACAAUACCCUUUCAAGAUGUUGGUCCAUGGGUAUUAAUUGCUUAUCCACCCAAGCUUGAACGCAUUACGGAAAAUAUUCCGUACACAAUCAAUCUAACCUUGACGUACUCAGGAAACGAAGAACUACCAGAAUAUGUCACAUCAGAAGCCCUUCUCGUCGUUAAAGUGUUUACAACUAACGAUCUGACUGCAGUAUUAAACAGAGAAGAGCUAGUGUUUACUUUGGAAGAUGUCAACGAGGGCAACAAUAAAUCCCUCGAAGUGACGGGGCAGGUCAUUGGAUACGUCGACCUUAACUUUGUUCUCGAUAUUUUGCCAAAUAAUAAUUCGGCUGCCGCGGAUACAAUCGCAGUGCUUUCCGAUUACGAAGUGACGGUAGUCCGCGCAAGCGAUACAAUGGACAAUAUAUUCACUGUGAUCAUGAUUAUUAUGGCAGUGCUGAACACAAUCAACAUGGGAUGCGCACUAGAUAUGGCCAUAGUGAAACAAAACAUCCUACGCCCAGUCGGACCCAUUGUCGGUUUCCUCUCUCAGUUUACUUUCAUGCCACUGUUUGCCUUUGGUGUGGCCCUGCUGAUGAUCGACGAUCCCUUGAUGGGUUUCGGACUGCUGGUAAUUGGCGUUUGUCCUGGCGGCAUAGCCUCAAAUUUUUGGACGCUGCUUUUGGAUGGUGACGUCAAUCUAAGCAUCACCAUGACCUUCAUUUCUUCAAUAGCCGCCAUGGGUAUGAUGCCAUUAUGGUUGUGGUUGUUAUCUGGUUAUUUCCUGCCGGAAGGUUCGUCCGUGCAAGUGCCCUUCCUGGAUAUGGCCAUUUCUUUAAUUCUGUUAACCUUUCCGCUUGGAAUCGGACUUUUAAUUCGUCGAUUCAAGCUUUCCCUUGCUGAAUUCCUCACCGUCAAAAUAAUCAAGCCGUUUUCGUUUUGCUUCAUAAUCUUCAUUUUUGGGUUGGGUUUCUACAGCAUGUCGCACAUCUUCAUCCUUUUGGACUGGACUUUGGUGACAGCCGGUCUCGCAGUGUCUCUUGCCGGUUUCGUGUUCGGUGCCUUUUUUGCUUGGAUUACACGGCUCGGUCGUCCACAGAUUGUUGCUGUUUCCUUAGAGACGGCUAUGCAAAACGCUAAUAUAGCCUUCGUUCUACUCAAGACAACUCUUCCGACCCCAUACAGCGACAUUGCUGCCCUGCCAGCAAUUGCCCAGAUUGUGAUGACAACAUCCAUUUUGUUCGUCUGCUUUGGCAUCAUCAUGGCCUAUAGAUGUUGCAAAAAAUGUAGUAAAAAAGAAGAAAAAACGAACAUAAAGGAUGAGGAGGAAACUGCAAAAGCUUUGAUGCUGAAAGAUUACACUGACGGUACUAAUGGUACUUAUCGAAAUAGCAAAAAAAUCGAAACGCCACCGCCCAACUAUUAUGGUGGAGAGAUUCCCCCCGAGUUCUCCUGGGCAAGACAACCAAGCCUUAUUGUGCCCAGUUCACCGACCCUUGAUCCCAGAAUUAUCGCUUGAAGAGACAACAUCCAGCAAGAAAUUAAGCCGUCGAUACUUGUUUACAAGUCUGCCUCUUACGUGUUUCGUCAUUUUUUAUCAGAAUAGUUUAUCCACAGCUCAGAGUGAAUGUGCAUAACGUCGGUAAAGGCCUAAGCCACGCCACUUGAAGAAAAUACAAAUAAAAAUUUCGAUUCCAA